AUGGAGGCGCUCAGGCCGGGAUUUCUGGGUCCCUGUCUCUUUGGCGGGAUCUUUCCUUUACCAAACCCCCGACUCCUAACGUUUACGGCCAACGAGCACGCGACACAAUUCCCCGAACUGAACGGGCCGAGACCCCGGCAUACUCGGAAACCCCCUUCAUUUCCAGACGCAUGGUACAGGAUGCCGGCAGCGAGGUGGGUGGGCACGCCCUCCAUCAAGGGACGGAAUGAAUCGACACGCAUGGCGCUGUUGACGCUCAGCUUGGUCGGAUUGCAGUUCACAUGGGGCACGGAGAUGACUUAUUGUACGCCGUAUCUGCUGCAGUUGGGAUUGACGAAAUCGAAGACUUCGCUGGUGUGGAUUGCUGGGCCUUUGUCUGGGCUGAUUAUUCAGCCGCUGAUUGGGGUGAUUGCUGAUCGGUCGCGAUCGAAAUGGGGGAGGAGGCGGCCGUUUAUGAUCUUUGGGUCUUUUGUUGUGGCUUUUUGUUUGUUGGUGCUUGGUUGGACGGCGGAGAUUGUUGGGUGGUUUGUGAAAGACCCGGAGAAGGCGAAGAAUGGCACGAUUGCACUCGCGGUGUUGAGUAUUUAUGCAGUGGAUUUCUCGAUCAAUGUCGUGCAAGCAUGCUGUCGCAGUUUGAUUGUGGAUACGCUACCGAUUCCCUCGCAGCAAGCCGGAUCCGCAUGGGCUGGAAGGAUGUGCGCCAUCGGACAGCUCUUUGCUUAUGUGGUGGGUGCCAUUGAUACGGUUAGUAUCUUUGGCACUAUCAUUGGAGACACCCAGUUCAAACAGAUGACUGUGAUCGCUGCCUUCUCAUUAGUGUUGGCGGUGGCCAUCACCUCAUACUCCGUGAAGGAGCGAGUUCUCAUCACAGCGAGGGACGAUGGCGGUGCUGGUGCUAUUCAAGUCUUGUCUCAGCUGUUCAAAACGACUUUCGAGCUGCCACCUCGAAUCCAGGCUAUUUGCUGGGCUCAAUUUUGGGCCUGGAUUGGCUGGUUCCCUUUCUUGUUCUACAGUACAACCUGGGUUGGUGAGACCUACUUCCGCUAUGAGGUUCCCAAAGACGACAUGGCCAAAGCGACAGACAUGCUGGGCGAGGUUGGUCGUGUGGGAAGUCUGUCAUUGACCGUAUUCUCCUCCAUCACCUUCCUCAGCUCCGUACUCCUACCAUUUUGUAUCCAACCGCCGGAUUCCAAGCGGACCAAGUUCACCCCACGUCCUCCCCCUGGCGUGGCAGCUGUUCUUAAAGCCGUCACCUCCAUCCGCCCAGAUCUCCAAACCGCCUGGUUCAUUUCCCAGAUCAUGUUUGCCGCCACGAUGAUCUUCGCGCCCCUGGCCCACUCCCGCGCCUUUGCAACCUUCCUCGUUGCCGUCUGCGGUAUCCCCUGGGCCAUCAGUGGCUGGGCCCCAUUCGCCUUCAUGGGGGUCGAAAUCAACAAGCUGACCACAGGCGGCUAUUCGCCUGUGGUCCCCGCUUCCCGAUCCGGCGUCACCAUGAUCACCUCGGCGAGUCUGCGCAACAACGCCGACACCGAACUGGAUGUCCUCCGGCUCAACCACCACGACUCUUUCGACAGUGACACCGACGAGGAAGAUCCCUCCUCCAACAUUCCGUCCACGGGCGAGUUGGCUGGUAUAUAUCUCGGUGUGCUGAAUGUUUACACGACCCUCCCACAAUUCGUGGGCACCUUCAUCAGCUGGAUUGUCUUCAGCCUCCUUGAACCGGGCGAGCCAGCAGAUAAAAAUAAAGACGCGCCAUGGAUGAACCUCGACAAGGAUCGACCCAAUGCCAUUGCCGUUUGUCUUUUCAUUGGGGCCAUUAGUGCCCUCGUUGCGGCCGAAGCUACCCGUCGCUUGCGAUAUGUUCUAUGA